AUGCACUUUAGACUUGCCAGUCUCGUUUUAUGGAUUCUCUUCCCUCUUUUUGUUCUUGGGGAAGUCAGCAACUACAAAUCUUAUGGAGUGGGCGGUCAAUCAUUUUUGGCCUGUGGCGUUUCGCUCUCAAGGCUGGCGAAAUUUUGCAAACUCAAAGGUUAUGCAUGUUUCUGCUCUAGUGAAAUAGGUAUCGCAACUAUGGCUGGAUGUUUGGCUUAUGACCACAAGAACAAGACAGGUAUCAAGUAUUGGCGUGGUUAUUGUGCUGAGAACUACGAGACAGAAUUAACCCAAGAAAAAAUCGAAGAAGGUUACAAAUAUUACCUAGAGAGUGCCAUUCCUGCUAGUGAAAUGGAGAACUUCAAUAAAACUGUUCCAGUUAAAGUUCCUUUGAAAAUCAAUGAAACAAGCAUCAAGCUCUUUGAGGAAUCUUAUAAAGUAUUCUUGGGGAACUACGACCACUCGUUGUAUUAUGGCGCUGGAUGCCUAGGAUACUGGGGGCUCAUUAUUAUCAUUGCAAUGGUUUUCAACUGGAGCUCCAUUCUUUUCCCAAACUUAAAGUACACAUUUGAUGGUAAGUUUUCCAGAGCGUGGAGAAAAUACCUUACUUUACCUGCCUUAGGGAAAAACAAAAGGGCCGAAUCCCAACGCUUCAUGUAUGUGCUUGAGUUUCUUGUUCCAUCUAGAUUGGAGACCCUAGUAGUGUUCUUCUUCUUUUGGCUUUGCUUCAUCGUCAAUGCCACCGAAAUUUACUAUGUGAAAAACGAUCCCCUUUUUGAUACUAGACUGCAAGCCAUCAACCGGUUUGUUGGAGAUAGAACGGGUAUCAUAUGUACUGUUCUUACUCCGUUACUUGUGUUAUUUGGAGGUAGAAACAACUUUGUCCAACUUUUAACAAGAUGGAAGUAUUCUACUGUCAUGGUAUACCAUCGUUGGAUUGCAAGAUUGGUUGUUCUUAUGGCCUUCAUUCAUUCUCUUUGUUAUACAGUGUUAUUUAUCCAGAGAUCCGACUAUUCUGAGAGCAUGGCUGAAAACUACCUUAUUUGGGGUGUAGUUGCAACAACAUGUGGUGCCCUUCUUUGUUUCCAAGGUCUUUUGUUCUUGAGACGAAACUGGUAUGAAAUGUUUUUGGUGCUUCAUAUUCUCCUCGCUGUAUUCUUCCUUGUGGGGCUUUACUAUCACGUUUGGGAAUUAGGAUACGUCCAAUUAGUUUACCCUUGCUUUGCUGUUUGGGGAUUUGACCGUUUUAUGCGCUUGGUGAGGCUCUUCAUUUUUGGAUUUCCGGUUGCUACGGUGUCGUUGGUAGCAAACGAAACUAUUACCGUCAGAGUUAAAAAACCCACAUAUUGGAAAGUAACCCCUGGUGGGCAUGCUUGGCUUUAUAUUGCUGGAGGAUGGUAUUUCUGGCAAUCGCAUCCUUUCACAUUAGUUGACCGGAAUGAUGGGACAAUUAUCUUCUAUUGCAAAGUGAAGCAUGGAGUCACGAACAAUCUAGCCAAAAAGUUAGCAAAUAUUCCAGGGAAAUCCAUGCAGAUGCAUGUUGGAGUGGAAGGCCCAUAUGGAGAGACCAAACCGAUUAAGGGCCACUCGAAUGUGGUUUUCGUGGCGGGCGGAAGUGGUAUUCCAGGAAUUUAUUGUGAAGCGGUCGAUUUGGCUAGAAAAGGAGCUUCAAACAAACAGGCAAUUAAACUUAUUUGGAUAAUAAGAGAGCUUAAGAGCUUGGCAUGGUUUUGGGAGGAGCUUCAAGCAUUGAAAGACACCAAGAUUGAUACCACGAUUUACGUGACGCGGCCCGAUAUUUUAGAGGGCACAGACGAAUUUCAAUCUUUGGUCACAGCGGACUCCAACUCAGAUAAAUAUGAAGGCAAGGAUAAUUUGCGUAUCUGGGACCAGUUGGAAUCUGAGUUGCCACAUAUUCAGAUUUUGGAAGGUCGUCCAUGCCUAGAGGGAAUAAUUGUAUCUGAAAUUGCAGAGGCAGCCAACAGCAUUGCUUUUAUUUCUUGUGGACAUCCAGCAAUGGUGGAUGAUAUAAGAUACAAUGUCGUUCAGCAAAUUGAUAAGUCCCAAAAACGGGUAGACUUUUACGAUGCCCUCGAGGUUUGGGCAUAG